UGCUGACAGUGAAUAUCGGAACGCAGCCUAAAUCAAGCGUUUUUCGUAAACUUUUAUAAUUGCUUUCGUAAAUACAAAGAUAGCAUUCAACAUGCAAGAUUCCAAUAUAAACGAGGAAGAUUCUCAAAUCAGCCAAUGGUACGGAGUAAGGGAAGCUACAUUAUUUGCAGUUGACGCAACACAACAAAUGUUUAAGGAAGAUCCUGAAACUAAACUCAGCUAUAUCCAUAAAUUUUUUAAAUUAUACAAGCAAAUUCUUCGACAAAAGCUAGCAUGGAGUAUGCAAGAUUGGAUGGGUGUAAUAUUAUUUGGCACAGAUCAGAAGGAUGCAGAUUCAUAUUGGGAACAUAUUCAAACUUUGCAACAACUAGGAGUUGUUACCUUGGAUGAUCUACAGUGUAUCAGAAAAUUAUCAAAAAGUAACGUAAAAGGUUACCAAAGUAUGCCGCCUGAAAAUACUUAUCCACUUUUUAAUGUACUAUCGUAUGCAGUGGAUAAAUUUUUGAAGAUAAAAACUGUACUCACUAUACGCAGAAUAGUUUUAAUUAUUUGUCAUAAUCCUGUAUUAGAAGAAGCUGAGAAGCACAAAAUUAGAUCAAAAGCAGCAUCUUUGAAAGAUCUGGAUAUCAAAUUGCAUGUGAUCGGUUGGGGCAAGAAUUGGGUGCAUGAUCAUUUCUACAAAGAUUUAGAGAUGCUUUCGAGAAAGACGGACAGAAGUAUUUACAAGAUGACAUCUCUGGUGGACUUGGUGCAACAGAUUAAAGCACCAUCCAAGAACAUCGCACGAUUAUCCUUCAAAAUGAGCGAUGAUUUAGAAAUCAAUAUAGUCGUGCGUACUCUGGGCAAGAAAUGUAGGUGUUUGAAAAAAAAGUCACUGAGCAAAAGAUCAGGUCAGGUUUUAUUAAGAUCGACGUAUCUCCAAGGUGAUGAUUCUAACGAUGAGGAGGACAGUGACAACGAAAAUGAGUUAAGCUAUAUGAUACCAGAGGAAGUCAUCAAGAAAACCAAAGAGCUAAUUGGUGGUGAAGAGCUGGAGUUCACGCCAAAGGAAAUUUCUAAUGUGAAGCAUAUACAUCCGCCAAGCAUCAAGUUAAUUGGCGUGAAGCCUAUACCAAACGAUCUCUUUCGGUACCACGUGAAACGACAGUACUUUGUCAGACCAGACUACAACAGCACUCGUAGAGAUAAUCUAUUAUUCUUCAGCGCUUUGUUGGACAAAUGCGCCAAUAAGGGCAAGAUGAUAGUUUGCGCGUUCACGUUACGGAUGGACACUCAAACUACUCUUUGUUAUAUGAUUCCGAAUAUAGAGUUGGGCGGCUUUUAUUUAUCAACUGUUUACUAUCAAGGAAGUAUAGGCGAUAAGAGUGAAGUAUUACAUCAUUAUAAAACGCAGAAUCAAGUAACCAAUAGGGAGACUGAACUGUGGAAAAGAACUAUUGAUCGGCUAAGCAUGAACUAUGAUCCGUAUAUGUACAAAUGUUAUAAAUUGGAAUGUCAGAUACAAAUGGUGGAAAAAUUAGCUCUGGAUAAGAAGCCCGGUCCUCUGCCGGACGACAGCAUCAAGCAGUCAUAUUUGAAAACUCAGGAGAAAGUGGCAGAAUUUAUCCCUGAAUUUAAAAACAUGUAUCCUGACUUGGACAAAGCCAAUGAAUCGCCAAAAGCGAAGAGAGCUAGAAAGACUAAAGCAUCAUAAUUUUGCAAUUAUAUUUACACAAUCUGAGCAAAACUGCCGAUAUCGAUACGUAAUUUAUAAUUUGAUAAAUUACUAGCAACCACAAUUUGAUUUUGGUUGAUCCAAUCAUUGUACAUUGCUCUUAUAUAGCAUACAAGUUUUUGUACAUUGUACAAUUGCAUUAUACAAUUAUGUUUGGGAAAACAAUCUUAAUAACAAUAAAAAAUAUUGAGUUGUAUUUUUACAAGCACUAUUUUAUACUAAGUAUUGUGAAAAAAGAGAUAAGUAUACACAUUGUGUGGUAAAU